GUUAAACUUUUAAGAUUUAUAAAUGUUAUGCGCGACAUAUCGAUUAAAAUAAACUAUAAGACCUAAUUCGGAAUAAAACUUCUAAACUUCCUGGACAGCAAACUAGUUUGUUAUUUGAAGGCGGAAGUUAUGUAGCAUUGAGUUAAUCUUUAAUCAUUUGAAAUAGUUAUAGUGGUCAGAAACAGUUGUAUUUUAUGAACAUUUGAUCAAGCUAUAUAGAAAAACAUGGCUACAAGAAUGGAUGAUGAUGAUACAAUUCAACCAGAUCUUGUCCUGCCAGAAAUAUAUACUUUUACGCCUUUAAGGGCUCUAAGAGUAGCUUCACGACGGAAGUUGUCGGGGUUUCUGGAUUUGGAAGGAGCUCUUGUUGUAGUUAACCAUGAGGGUGGAGACUCCGACGUUGUUAAUGACUAUAGUGGUUUGGCAGAACUUGCUGGAUUUGAUUACAACAGUAUCAUGAACAUGAAAAGACAGAAAAGUCCAACUUUUGAAUUACUUGAGAAGUGGACAGGCCAGAAUGGAACCGUGGGAAAUCUAUGGACGUAUCUAUUUUUGAUGGAAAGAUUUGAUGUUCUUGUUGACUGCCGGCGACCAAUAAUAAAAGACUGUGAGAAAUAUGAAGAAAAUCUGCAGCUAGCAGAAGAUGCCGAAAGAUACAGAAUAGAACAAGAUCCUACAGUUACAACAUCCGAGAUGAGGGUUGACGAGACGAAAUUUGCAACAAGAGGAGAUGUUAUGACCGGGAAGAAAACAUUUUAUGACGCCUUCAUCUGUUGGUCAUCUGAGGACGAGAAAGACCGCCAAUUUCUGUAUGAAAUGAUAAAUGAGCUGGAAGUUAAACGAGGGCUAAAAUUGUUUGUACCUGGAAGAGACGACCUGCCUGGUUCAGCUGAACACACAAUCACAGCUUAUCUCAUAGAAGCCAGAUGCCGUAGAGUGGUGAUACUGAUGUCCAGAACGUUUUUGCAGAGUUCUGCGUGUGACUUUCAGGUGAAAUUCGCUCAUGCUCUAGCACCAGGUGCAAGAAGCAAAAAACUUAUACCAGUUAUCCGUGAAAAAAAUACACCAAUACCCAGAAUCCUUCGCUUUCUGGCAUUAUGUGACUUCGGCAAGUCCGACAUGGUUGAAUGGGUUUGGGACAGACUUUCUACAGCCAUAAUUGCGCCAAUAGGACCAAACACAUAUUUUGAACCGGAAGAUGAGCACAAUCCAUUUGAACAGAGUGAUGAAAGUUUAAAAGCUAUAAGAUUUCCAACACCCAGGCGUCUAGAUGAGCAUGAUGAGAGAUCGGUUAAUUCCGGAGCCGAACGCAUACCGACAAAUGUAAGCAAUAGGUCCCAAUUGAGAGCGCCAACAGAACACGGUAUGUCUUCAGAGGUACGGGGCCAACCAACAUCCAAUUAUCAAUCUCUUUCUUCAUCUCCCACAACUUUUACUGAUCACACCAAGAAGGGGGCAACUAAUAAAUCAAAGACCGCUACAUCACAAAAGCCAAGCAAAAAAGAUAAGAAACGCGAGUCAGGCAGCAUGUUCAAUAAAUUUAAAGAAAAAUUUGUGUGAUCUCAUUUGUACAUUAAAAUCAGUAUUGAAAAAAACCUUUUAAAGAAGUAAUUUUGUUUAUUUAUUUUUCCAUUUCUCAUCGAUGCUAUGUAGUCAAGCUCAAUCAAUCUGAUUUAUGAUUUAAACACUUUUUGUGAAUCAUUGCAGAGCAUUUUGUAUGAGCGUUCUAGAUGACGAUACAAAUGACGUCAGAUACACACCAAGAACAAAACAAACAACAUUAUUUUAUGUGUUCGUUGUUCUAGCCAGACUCAUUAACUACAAAAAAUGAAAAUGUUUACAUUAUAUAUGUUGUUCCUGUUACAAAUUUAAACCUAAAAAUAGCUAGAGCUUUAGAGCAGGGGAUUAAUACUAGGAGGGUUUUUACCUCGUUUUAAACGUAUAAGUAGUUAUUAAAGCUAGUUCUAUAUUUGUAUUUUGUAAAUUAUAUUUUAUCAUAUGUUCAAGUUGAUUUUCUGUAUGCAUUGCCAUUUAAAGAGAGAAUUGUUUAAAGACACAUCAUGCCUCGGAAAAGAAUAUUUUUUUUCAUUCUGCAAAUAGGAUAAAUAUGUGUUGUAAUAAUGUAUUUAAAUCAUGUGAGAUGUUUAUCAUCUGAUGAAACAAUUAAGUAUGUUGACUUGCAUACAAAAUAUUUUUAAUCACUAUAGCUGUACUCAUUGCGUAAACGCAAAAGAAGCGAACUAUGUCUCAGCUAUACGGCUAAUAAAUAACCGUUUUGAAACUUUAACAGGACACUAUCAAAAAAUAAAAAUGAUUGCAUUUCUGAGGCUUUAUGGACCUGUAAGAGAGUGGUAGUGAUGUAGCUAUGACAAUACUACCAUGUCAAUGUGCUACUUAGUUAAUUAUGCUUAGAUUAUUUCUUAACAGUUUUGGUGAAUAAGGAAGAGUUUAAUUACACGGUGGUGACUGUAUGAGUCAUGUCAUGAUUUUACACGUGAGCACGUGACACAGUAUCGGUAAGGACGCUGGCAGAACAUCGUUGAAUUUAAGACCGUUCACAGCUUGUCAUUAUGAAGGAAAAUGAAUUAACUAAACACUAUUUUAAGAAAUAAAAAUUACGUGUAUUAGAACAGUUUUUUUUUGUCUCACUUAAUCAGGAUGAGGUCUUACUCUCUUCAAUUUGGGAAAUUGCUAAUAUCGGAAGAGAAAGCUAGAGUAUGUUCUGAUUUUUUGGGAAAACAAGCAUGAAUUUAAAAUAAUUUCCAUUUAAAAGGGGCGUUUUAUAGGCCACUGUUAUAUAAGGUAAAAACAACUGUUUAAAGUGUAAAGCUAUUAAGCAUAACUUGAAUAAGACAACAACUAUCAGAUCGUGAUCAAGUGUUUUUAAGUGAUUCACCUAGUAUUGUACAGUUCCUUAUUGUGUCAGUAUGAUAACAUAGUAAGUUAUUUUAUAAGUGAGCCGCGUCACGACAAAACCAACAUAAUGGGUUUGCGACCAGCAAGAUCCAGAUCAGCCUGCGCAGUCUGAUCAGGAUCCAUGCUGUUCGCUUACAAACCCUAUAACAAGUAGAGAAACUGAUAGUGAACAGCAUGGAUCCUGAUCAGACUGCGCGGAGGCGCAGGCUGGUCUGGAUCCAUGUUGGUCGCAAACCCAUUAUGUUGGUUUUGUCAUAACAUGGCUCAAGUGUCUUUGAUGAGGAUUGAAUCAAAAAAAUUAAUAUCAACCAGAAAACUGUAAGUGUCAAGUGAUUCAGUCCAUGUUGGCGACUUUUUCACAAGACCAACAAUUGCUAAAAUCACUCAUGUUAACAUUGCCUUUCAGAAUCAAAUUUAUAAACAUGUAGAGUGUAUAUUGCCUUUUUUGUUGUUUUAUUUUAAAUAAAGUUUACGAAAAACAG